AUGUCGUCUAAUUGGCCGCUGCUCGCGGCGGCUGGAGUCGGCUUCUUCGCGGUGGGCUGUUUCUGCGGCCAUUUAAUAUCCUCCUCUCGAUGGCGGCGCGCGCUGCUAGAGCUACAGGCGUGGCACGAGGAGAACGCGGGGGGCGCUGGCGGGAGGAAUUCGGGCAAGGGGGGGAAGGGCGGCGCGCUCUUGGAGCUGGAUAGCAUGGCGCGGGAGUUCGAGGACUUCAAGAUGGUGCGUGUGCCGUGCGUGUGCCGUGGAUGUGCUGGUGGUGCGGAGCGACUUGAAGAUGGGCAAGGGCAAGAUUGGCGCGCAGUGCGGUCACGCAACGCUCGGCCUGUACAAGAGACUCGCCAAGAGAGCGCCCACAGCCUUGCAAAGGUGGGACGAGAACGGGCAGGUGAAGGUGGUGGUGAAGGUGGACUCAGAGGAGGAGCUCAUCAUUCUGCAGGACAAGGCGAAGAAGUCUGGUCUCCCAACGCACGUCACUAUCGACGCCGGCAGAACACAGAUCGAGCCAAAUUCAAAGACAGUCAUGGCCAUCAUCGAGGCACGAAAAGGUCGGCACAGUCAUCCACUGUGUUUCUUAUCUGUUUCUCCCUCCUUUCUCCUCUUUCAUCCCCCUCUCCCUCCCUCUCCUACACUCUCCCUUCCUCUCCUCCCCUCUCCCCCCCUCUCCCCCCCUCUCCCUCCCUCGCCCUCCCUCGCCCUCCCUCUCCCACCGCAUUCACCUUCGUGUGUGCACAGGUCCGGAGCACUUAG